AUGCGAGCCUAUUGGAAUGCUCGAAUUCUCCAAUCUGGACCUUUCUCCAUCCCAUGCGGGUCCCACUCGCCGGAGCUGUGGGACGACGAGAAGGAAGAAACAACGUUAUCAUCCGUUCAUAAGCUGUCAUACCUCCUCACCUUGGCGGGAUUCGUCCAAAGCUACAGAGUAUUUCAGUCAGAUAUCCGGGCAGACUCGUCACAUCAAGUUACCCACUUCCCCUACAAACUGUCACUUCUCAACUUUUCCCGUCUGUUGGCACGCGACUUUUCAUCAACCAACGGCGCAUCCUCGUCCCUCUUCCUGCCCCGCUCCCCCCCACGAUUUUUGACGCCCUUGACGCAUCCCAGACGAAAAGGCAGCCCGCAAAGGGGCCUGUCACAUUCUGCUUCACACAAUCUUGGGGAACUUUUUAUCGCUCGGAUCCCCCCGUCCCCCCCCGCCCUCCACCCCCUGGAGAGCUUCUGGACGCCCGGGUCACUCGUCUUCUCUCCACGCAACGCGCUCUAUUCUAACACAGAAACGCCUGCGCCAUUCCGAGCCAGGCAAUCCUCUCCUCUUUUCCGCUCUCAUCGAUCCACAACAUUAACAAUGAACGCUCCUGUCCACUCUCCCGCCGGUCAGCCCGCCGGCCGCUCGUCUACGGCCUCCUCGGCGACCUCGUCGUCUGCUGCCUCGGGCACACACCAGCCGCGCACCAGUGCUUCUUUCGGUGCCGUUCAGCCCGCGCCGGUUGACGUCAAGACGCACUCGACCGACGCCUUCCUUCGGGACUUUAGUCUUGUUGCCGAGGCUGCCAAGCGAGCCCAGAUGGCCGUCAUGGUGCGCGACUUUGAGAGCAUCGGCCUAGCGGGGGUAUUCAUUCGACUCUCCUCUUCCCAGGACGCCCUCGUGCAAAUCGCAAAUCCCAUGGAUAUCGGGGGCACGGGACCGCCCGGGUUUAUUGGUUCCCCUUGGUCUAGCAGACAUAACAACCCUCUGGCAACCGAGCCGUCGGAUUCUCUCUUCCCACAACACUUCCAGUACGAGAACCCAAACGCGCCGCCUCCAGGAGAAGCUUUACCUUCUGGAUCGAUUUACCCCACCUUCGCCGCUACUCUCUCUGCAUGCUCCGAACCAGCUUCCACUCCAACCUCGGGCCUGAUGUUCAACCGGAGAGAGCCGAGACAUGCGCUGUUGGCGUAG